AUGGCCUCUUCUCACGACUUCUCAACUUUGAGUUGGGAUGAAGUUCUUUCUAAACUUCGCGAAGUUGAGGACCUUUGCGCUAAGUGCGCCCUUAAACAAGAAGUUCUUUUUGCUCGUUUCAACUCUCUUCCUGACAACUCUUCUGCCAAGUCACGUGCUUACCUCGCUUUUGGCCCCCUUCGCCUACUAGACGACUCUCUUUCUGAACAAAAACGCCUUUUACACUUACGUUUGACCUCUCUUUCGUCUACUGCGGAUUCAAAAAAGGAUUUCGCUAUCCCCCCUGUUGACGAUCAUCCAUCACAUGAUGAUCCAAUGAAUGAUGAUCUACCUCCUCUUCCAUUAGCUAUUUGGGCUUCUAAACACGAGGCUGAUCCUAAUUUCAUCUUAGAUUUAUGUACCCCUUCUAUGCGAUGCACUAAUAGUUUACGCCCUCCACGGUGUACUCCUAAAUUUCUUUGUAAACGCGUAUCCUCUAUGAUUUCCCCUGCAUCCUUUAAACGCGCACAGAAAAUUAAGACAAAAUUGUCUUUUGCGCGUUUGGUUUUAUCCUCUUCUACAAUACGUUUAUUGGUUCCACCUUUAUCACGUCCUUCCCAACCUAAAAGUCCCUUUCAAAAUGAAUUCCUAGACUCCUCUCUCAUAACUCCCCAUAUUUCAGCUCUAGUAGAUACCGCUGAUAAUGACAAUAACGUUCCUCCUCCGGUCCUUUCUCUAAAUAGUAUACCUGCGGGAUCUUCAUCUGCAACUUCUGCUUCAGCCCCCCUUCAUGAUAAUGUACAGUGUUUAUCUUACACUUUCACAAUACGUACCAUCCUGGAUGGAUGGAUACGUCCUGCUCGAAAUAUUGGCUCUAAUCGUUUAUAUUCUAUUCGACGAGGCAACUGUUACUUCCUUUUGGACCCCACUCCUGAUUCGGAUAAUUGUUAUUCGAUUCAUACCAAUUCUCCUCUCCUUUCAACUACUGAGCCAUUUCAAUUUACAUCUGAUCGUCCUUCUCCUAAUUUGAAAUUUAUUUUAUCAAAAUUUUUAACCUUUUUCUUUUACCGACAAAACCGUAUUCCCUCGCAUGCUCGACGUAAAUAUUUUAAUAGAUUACGCCAGCUUUUAUUAACACAACGUGUUACCUCUCUUGCCCGUUGGUCAUCUUCUCAUCGUAAUAAUAGAC